AUGGAGCAACAGUCAAGGCGAUCGGAGACGCCGACUUCCAUCUUGUCGUCUCAACAGGCCACGCCCUUGCAAAUACAGCAACAUUCAGCACUAGGCCCGAAUCCUAAGCGUUCAGGAUCCACGACCAAUUGUGCAGCAUGCGACCAAGCCGUGCAUGGCCCCUUUGUCCGAGCUCUGCACAAGGUCUACCACACGGACUGCUUCCGCUGCAAGGACUGUCGCGAGGUUGUCGCGCAAAAGUUCUUUCCGAUCGAAGAGGAUGGGGGUUUGUACCCCCUGUGCGUUCGCGAUUACUUUGCACGCAUUGGCUUAAUCUGCGCCAAGUGCGACCAAGCGCUGCGGUCAAAGUACAUCACAGCCUGUGGGAAAAAGUUCCACGUUGAGCACUUUUCGUGCUAUGUCUGUGACAAGGUCUUUGGCGCCACCGACUGGUAUUAUGAGCAUGGCGGAAAUGCCUACUGCCCCUACCACUACGCGAUCGGCUUUGCGAACAAAUGUGUCGGUUGCGAGACGUCCAUCUUGAGACAUUUUGUUGAGAUGAACCGCAACGGCAUGGACGAAUGUUGGCACCCAGAGUGCUACAUGAUCCACAAGUUCUGGAAGGUCCGUCUGGCGUCGCGGAACUUUUCGACUCCGGCGCGCACGACGCCUGUUAGCUCCUCGCUCUCUCUAAUGGAGAUCACUGCCAAAGGCGGUGUGGAGCCCAUGACCAACGACUCGGCGCCUCCGGCCAACACCACUCCGGGGUGGGACAAUGAGGUGACUGCCGAAGAGCUCAAAGAUCGGCAGAUAGCAAUGGAGCUCAAGGUAUCGCAGAUCUGGCUCAUCUUGUCGGGCUUUGAGGAGAGCUCAGCGGCGUGCAUCAGCGAGAUGCUUCGCGUGCUCAACGAACACAAGCUCCUGGACGUCAUUCUCGUGGCUGAGAGGUUGGUUCUCCAUGUCGAGACCUUGUUCGCUGCCAUCGACGACCUUCACGCACAAUUUGCUAUGGUUGGGGCCAAGGCCAUGCCACAUUCCCGAGAGGCGAAGCAACUCUGCAAAAGGCUUGUCAACUUCUUCCUUAUGCUAUCGGACGUGACGCCUCAGUCAUUCCUCGACAUGAAGGCCCUUCUGCUGCAGGUCAUGCAACUGGCACAUUAUCUCAAGAUCACGAUCCGCAUUGCGCUUACUAGCGCAAUCAAGCUUGACCGCGAGCAGGCCAACCCCCAGGCCAUGACAAAUGCACUCGCAAGGUUGCAUCUCUUGGCUCUUGACGGCGCAGAUCCAUCACUCCCGAAGCGUGGUGACCACCCGACACCUCCCAAGCCGUCGGACACUUGGACGGGGAACGAGUCGCCCGAGGAGAUGGCGUGGCGCAGCUACGACUCGUUGACGCGGACGCCGCAGGGUUUCACUCCCAGUACACAGGGGCUGGCCUAUGGAUACCGCAGCCUGGCGCCCGAGAUCACCGGCGAGACAACACUGCGUGGGCCACAAGACGACAACUUCAGUCCGAAUUCUGGUUGUCCACGCUGCGGCGAAAGCGUCGAGGACGACUGCGUCCGCUUGGGCAUGUGGAACCGGUGGCACUCACAUUGUGUUGAGUGCGGGAACUGCGGUGACAAUGCUGCCAACGUCAACAUUCAGAACAGCCCUGGCGGGUUGGGGCCUUUGGCAGACGAAGGUUCGCAUGAGGGAUCUACUGCCCAUGCUUCCGAAGCACCAGACAAGGCUCUUCACCAACGACGUCCGCCCCCUCGUGUGGGUGACUUCUUCUAUGACCCUCCGCAGAAGAAGUAUGGCCCUCCCGACCUCAUUUGGUGCAAUCUCCACCGCGCUGCCACAGCUGUGCCAGGCUUCGAGACGGUCUCACGUCUUGAGCAAUAUGUGUUUUUGGUCCACAUUGGUCUCCGCCGUCUUUAUCUGCACUUCCGGAACCAUCACCACAUUCCAAAUAUUAACUCACGGCACGAGUCGCACAAUGUCAAGCGCGUCAAGUCGGUUACGCUUGACCGCAAGCUGUCGUCGACUGCACGGUUGCCACAGCGCUCCACUGUCAUUGAGAGCCCUCGGCCCAGGAUGGCGGACGAGAACGGUCACGUCGUCCCGAUGGCAAAGGAGCCAGUGGCGCCACUGCCCAUGACGCCUGCGGGUUCUGAUCAAGGGUCUCAAACUCUUGCAGUCGAUGUCAUCCGGCCGUCGUUUGCCCGCAACAACACCUCGGUUCGGAUCGUCUCCGAAGAGCAGGAGGUGCACGGCGAUUCGUUGCGGGUCCAAGAUUCGCCGGGUCACGACGUCUUGCUAUCACUAACCGGCCAAAAGCGGACAAGGGAGCCCGAUGCCAUUACGCUCAACGACAUUCCGCUACUAGCUCAAGCACAGCAGAAACGGAACCGGUUCGACGGGCAGCCGCUUGUCGCCGACCUCAAGCCUCUCGAGGCCAUGGUCAUCCGCCACUUUGCUCUACUUCACCUACAAAAGACUGGCUUAGGCCACUUGGUGGAACCGGAAGACUUCAUGGACAUGCUCGAAAUGCGCAGGGGUCAGUGGUGGAACUUUAAGCUGUUUAAGAACAACGCCAAAAAGGACCAGAAGCGCAAGGGUAUCUUUGGUGUCCCCAUCGAGAUCCUCGUGGAACGCACCGGAUCGGACUCGCAGCAGGGCAUCUCUCCCAAAGUCUUACUCCGUGUCCCAGAAUUUGUGGAGGAGAUCACUGCAACGAUGCGGCAGCAGGACAUGGCAGUGGAGGGCAUCUUCCGCAAGAACGGCAACAUCCGGAAGCUUGCGCUCACCGCAGAAGCGCUCGACACAAACUACACCGCGGUCGCUCUGUCGGAGGAGAACCCUGUACAGCUGGCGGCGUUGCUGAAAAAGUUCCUUCGCGAGAUUCCCGAUCCGCUCCUGACUUUCCGGCUGCACAGGUUAUGGUGUGCGGCUGCUUCCAUGCCCAAUCCUCAGGACAAGAUACGCUGCCUGCACCUCCUCAUGAUGCUGCUGCCAAAGCCGAAUCGCGACACGAUCGAGGUCGUCUUCGUCUUCCUCCGCUGGGUUGCGAGCUUCUCCGGUCAAAAUGAAGAUUCCGGCAGCAAGAUGGACUUGACCAACCUCGCCACGGUUAUCACACCCAAUAUUCUCUACGGCAAGGGCCAACAAGCUGCUCGCGAGGAAAGCAUGAUUGCGAUCACGGCGGUCCAGAGUCUGCUCGAGAAGCAGGACGACUUUUACCGUGUACCCCCUGAACUCAACUACGUGUUGCACGAGAAGGUCUCCAAGUUGUUCUCGAGGGACACGGACCUCGCGCCCAAGGAGGUCUUCAAACUCUGCCAGAAGUACUAUAUCAAGCGCGGCCUGCAACAACCCCAUGGUCAGGGCGGGUCGCAGACGAACCUCAAUGCUAUCAGCAACCCCGCCAUGACGCAGCGCCCAUCCUACUCUGGCCCGGCUGGGGGUCCCCAACGCCCGCCUGACUCGCGACUCAGCACUGUGACGGCGCCACAGCCACCGUAUCGCAAAGACAGCUGGAGCGACGAGAAGCAAGCGCCGUCCGAGGAGAGUGGCACAACGUUACGGGCAGGGCAGCCCGGCGUUGGUGGGACCAACUCCAGACCGACAUCGUGGGUUCCGGGGGCGACGACCACGAGUCCAGGUCUCCCGGGCCCGGGCACCCCCACAGGACUGGUGAGCGCAGCCGCGAGCGCGAAUCAAACGCCGAACGUCAACGUGUACAACGCCGCGAACCCGCCAACAGGUCUGACGAUGCCGAUGCCGAUGCCGAUGCCGACAAUCAACGGGCAGCCCGCCCCGGCCGUCAUCAGCCCGGGCAGCUCGUACGGCCAUGGUCACUCGAUGCCAAUGCCGAGCCCGAGCUGGCGAGGACCGUUCCAGGGACCCGCGAGCACCGGGUCUAGACAGUCGAGCCGUGGCUCGGCACCCCCCUCGCCAGGUGUCGCGGCAGACGAACGCCCUUCGUUCCAGAUGGAGCGGGGCCCAUCGCGCGACCGCGCAUAG